UUUCAGUUAUUUUCAUUCCGAGUGUUAAACUGUUAACUAAAAUUCACGUUGUUUAAUAUUAUAGUGUAUAUUUUUUUAAUUAUUGAUAUACCUCAGAUAUGACAUUAUAGUUUCGAUUUUGAAUUGAAGGUUUUUCAKACUCUAGAAUGUUUGGUUCUGGAGCAGGUGCAUUUUCCGGUGGGGCCGGAAACACGUCAGGAUUUGGUCAGUCGGCAUUUGGUAAGCCUACAGCACCUGCAGUAUUUGGUCAAACAAAUACAUCACUAUUUAAUCAAACUACACAGCCUAAUACGGGAUUAUUUGGAUCUACUGCUGCUGCGCCUGCAUUUGGUCAGACACCAACCGCUCAACCAACAUUUGGAGGUUUUAAUACUGGUGGAACUUCACUAUUUGGAACUCCUACAGCAACAUCGGCAUCAACUGGAGGUUUAUUUGGCCAGCAAAAUGCUUCAAUGGGUGGAAAUACUGGAGGUGGAUUAUUUGGUUCUAGUAAUCCUAAUACAUCAUUCGGACAAUCAAAACCAGUUGGAACAGGUUUUUCUUUUGGAACACCAGUUGCUCAGCCAACGGGUAAUAUAUUUGGUACACCUCAAUCAAACACUACAGGCACUGGAAUGUUUGGCGCUUCUACUACUGGAACCUUUGGUGCUACAUCAGGAUUUGGAGCAACAUCUGCAGGCGGUACAACCAUAAAAUUCAAUCCUGUGACUGGUACUGAUACAAUGGUCAGAAAUGGUGUAAAUCAAACAAUUAAUACUAGACAUCAAUCAAUAACUGUUAUGAAAGAAUAUGAAUCAAAAAUAUUUGAGGAACUUAGAUUUGAAGAUUAUUCUGCAAACCGUAAAGUUGGACAACAGGGUGCUGUUGGUGGUGGCAUCUUUGGAUCUCCUAAAACUUUAUUUAGUUCUACAGCAACAACAAGUACAGGUUUAUUCGGAGCAAAUGAUAAUAAACCACUUUUUGGCGCAACCUCGACUACACCUGCACUUGGAGGAUUUGGAAAUACUAGUACUUCCAAUGUUUUUGGUGCACAAAAUAGCAUUUUUGGGAAAUCUCAACAAACAACACCAGCAUUUGGUACUCAACCGUCAACUCAACCUUUUGGUAUGAAUACAACUCAACCAAAUAUCUUUGGAUCAAAUACAGCUCAAACAGCUAAACCAUUUGGAGUUGCUGCUCCUCAGACAAAUAUAUUUGGAAGUACUGCACCUUCAACUUUUGGUACUCAAACUACUGGAUUUGGUCAAACUGGAUUCGGACAACCUGCUCAGAACAAUCUAUUUGGUCAGAAUAAACCAGCAUUUGGUCUUGGAUCAACACAAACAACAACAGGUUUUGGUUUUGGAACUAAUACAUCUACUAGUACAAACGGUAUUUUUGGUAGUAAACCUGCUAAUACUGGUUUUCAAAUGACUACUCCAGCUUUUGGUACAAACAAUGCUUUUGGUGCUACUUCUACAUCUCAACCAGCUACUGGUGGCUUAUUUGGUUCUAAUUCUUUUAAUAAGGCACCAACUACUUCAUUAUUUAACCAACCUUCAAAUCAACAAACAGGUGUAUUUAAUAAUGCUGCUAAACCAGGAGGGUUAUUUGGCCAAGGAACACAAGGAACUGGACUUUUUGGAUCAUCUAAUACUAAUAGUUUUGGUACAAGUGGAACAUCGUUUUUUGGGAAUAACCAACAAACUAGUGGAAUUGGGCUUUUUGGAAAUACCAACAAUGUUCAGUUAUCUACAAAUCAGGCAUCACAAAGUAAUCAAAUGCAAUUACAACUAGAUACAUUAAAAGCAAUGCCAUAUGGAGAUUCACCACUGUUCAAAAGAUUUUAUAAGGACGUAUCAAAAGUAGAUGAUUCAUCUCUUGUGCGRUCCCAGAGUGUAUCACUUGAGAAGUUUGGUAGCUAUAAAGUUUCUCCAAUACCAACACCAAAGAGAAUACCUCAAAUUCGUAGAAAUUUCCCUCAAUUCAAUCGUAAAUCCUUAUUUGAUGGACUUGAAGAAUCUCCACCAACAAUGAAAUGUCUAGAUAAAGUUAGUGAUAAUUCACUGCUACUUAAUAUUUCUUCUCCGAGAUCAGGCUGUAAGAAAUUGAAUUUAAAAAAAGACAUUAAUGACUGUAGUAAAAACAAUGGAAAUAGUAUGAUUAUGCAUACAAAACCACUUGCAAAAUUAGAACUAUAUUUUUCUAAUAAACAAAGCUCUCCAGAGGAUAAAUCACAUUCUGUUAAUUUAUCUUUAACUGAAGAAAAUAACACAAUUUCUCAAUUACAAAGCAAUAAACAAAUCAAUUUGAAUACUUCAAAAGAAACAGAAGCCAAUGAAUCUUCUCGAAAUAAUGUUAUUGAUACUGUCAUUGAGAACCAAGAACCUUCAAUUGAUCCCAAUUCUCCUGAAGCAGAGGACCAUCCUACCGGGAUAAAGUUAAGACGUGUUGGAUAUUAUACUAUUCCACCUAUGAAUGAAUUGGCAGAAUUAGUAGAUGAUGAUGGAUCAUGUUUUGUGGAUAAUUUCACAAUAGGACGCUAUGACUUUGGAAAUGUUUUUUUCCCCGAUCGUUUUAAUGUUGCAGGUCUAGACUUAGAUACUAUUGUGCACAUACGACAUAGAGAAAUUAUAAUUUAUCAAGAUGAUGAACUCAAACCCCCUUUAGGGGAAGGGUUAAAUAGAAAGGCUGUUGUUACUUUGGAUAGAGUCUGGCCUAAUGAUAAGACGACAAAGCAACCAAUAACUAACCCUGAUCGUAUUGCAGCUACAAAUUUUGUUGUUAAACUUCAAAGGGCAUGUGCCAAACUAAACACUCAAUUCGUUGAUUAUCGUCCGGACACGGGAUCUUGGGUUUUUAAUGUUGAACAUUUCUCCAAGUAUGCUCUUGUAGAUUCUGAUGAUGACGAUGAUGAAAAUAAUGUGGAACGUAAUAUUGAACCUAAAACUCUUCCUAAACCAACAUUACAAAAACCAAAAACUAUAAAAUCAACUGAAAACGUUAGUCCAAAACAAAAUGUUAUGAAACCAUUGUUAGAUCUUUCUGUUGGUCUUGAUAGAGCUCAAUUACCACAUCAGUAUUUAUUAAAACCAAACUUUCAACUAUCUGUUGUUAAUGAACCAACUAAUGAUUCACACAUGCAUUAUUACGACAUCAAUAAAGAAAAUAGCAUUAAUGUGACUGCUCAGCUAUCACAACAUAUGAAUUUACAGACAUCAAAGAUACAAUGCAUGAAAGCUUCAUUUAAUGAUAUUUUUUAUAAUGAAUUAGAUUUGAUGGAACAAGAUGAUGAUACAUAUGGACAAAAAGAUAAAUUUGAAGAUAAGUUGGAAAAAAUUUUGGAAACUAUUCCUGAAUGUUUAAUCAGCCCUAAAAUUCAAGAUAGUAUUUCCAAGUCAAAAUCAAUAAUUGCACCAGUAGAUAAUCAAGCGUCUCCAAAGUUUUUCAUCCCAAAACAAAAAACUAAAGUUAUUCAAGCUGCAGAACUAUUGAAACCUAUUUCAACUGCUCCACUUCAAGCUCAACGGUUCAAUUUGCUAUACAAUUCUAGUGUUCGGUUACCAUUUGAAGUAGAACUUAAUAAUACAUGCGAAUCUAGUAAAUUAGCAUUGUUGAAUAAUUUAUCAAUGAAAGUUCCUUGGUCUGGCAAUUUAACAUUUAUUACACUCAAUACAAAAUCUAAAGGAAGUUGUUUACCAAAAAAGGGAUUGGACAUUAGUUAUUUAUCAACAGAGUUGUCUGGGCGUGGAAAUAAUGAUUAUACUUCUACUAUUGUACAGAAGUUACAAAUUAUUACCCCUAACCAAACAGAGACAUUCACUGAAUUAUUGACUGAACAUUUGGAAAUUUGUAUGAUGAAUAGUAAUUGUGAUGCUAAAAAUGGUAACAUUCCAUAUUUUUAUCCAAAAUUUGGAGUUGAUGCAUUACAUUCUCAUUGUUACYUGCUGUCCCACUUUUCUGAACUUCCCGAAGAAGAACAUUAUGCUCAUGUAUGGGAGCUGAUGAAAGCAUUAUGGGGCGAUCCAGAAAAUCUUUAUACUAAAGACUGUCCUCAAGAACAUGUAUACAACAUGGCUAGACKUCAGGCGGUGUCUGAUUGGUUAGAAAAUAUAUUAGAAAAGACAGUGAAUUCUAAAAAUGUUGAAGAGAAUGUCUCUCGAAAAAUAUUAAACCUAGUGUCAGUUCAUAAAAUUAUGGAAGCUUCUGAUUUAGCAAUUUCCAAUAACGAAUUUAUUUUAGCAAUACUAUUAUCACAGUUAGGAAGUGAAAAUUCUGUCAGAUGUUGUAUUCAACGACAACUUUGGCAAUGGUUCAACAGCAAAGCUGAUCUGUUUAUAGAUAUUGAUCACCUAAAAUUGUACACUAUGAUUUCGGGUCAACCUUUAUUUGAUUCCAAUCAAGGUAUAAUAAACGUCUGUGAAAAUUUAAAUUGGAUCAGAGCUUUUGCUAUACACAUGUGGUACAUACUACCUUCAACCAGUACCAUUGGAGAUGUAUUAGAUGCUUAUCAAAAUUCAUUUGAAAGUGACGACUCAUAUGCUUUCAAACCAUAUAAGACAUAUGAUGGCAUUAUUGAUAUUGAUGAUAAAUUUGCUACUUAUGAUGUCUGUUACCAUUUAUUGAAACUUUACACCGAUUCAGCAUACCAAAUGGACAAAAUUAUAAAUCCUUUUACUCAUACACGAGAUCCAUUGGAUUAUAAUUUUAGUUGGCUUUUGUUCAACACGUUACAAUCCCUUGGCUACACUCAAAUGUCUGAAAUAUAUGCCAAUCAAUUACAUAUAAAUUUUGCUUCACAGUUGGUAUCACAUGGACAGUGGCAAUGGGCAGUAUUUGUUCUUAUGCAUAUAAAAGAAGAACAAUUGAGAGAAAGUUUAGUUGAAGAAUUUAUUGGAAGAAAUGUUGAACUACCUGUUGGCGAUAUCAAUGAAAUAAAGCUUUCUGAGAAAGAAGCUUUUGUAGUAGAAAAGUUAAAAGUUAAAGAAGUGAUACUAUUUAAUGCAAAGGCUAUUUUAGCUAUGACACAAAAAAAAUAUUUGGAGGCCACAUUUUGUUACUUAAAAGCCGAACAGUGGCAAGAAGCACAUAACAUACUUGCAAAUCACUUAUUUGCCAAUUAUUUACUUCAAAAAAAUGGCCAAAAAACAUUAAAACAUUUGCUAGGUUGGUUAAUAGAUGGUUCCAAGAUAAAUGGGUCAAUACCUACAACCUUGCAAGAUAGUUUAACUAUUUUAGAAUAUUUAAAUUUAAAUGAUAAUUUAAGCAAAAUGUCUGAUGAAAAAUCAAUAACACAUAUUGCAUUAUUAUGUGAAAAAGUAUCAUGUUUGCCUGAUACUACAAAUGAAGAAAGGAUGAUAAAAACUGAAUUGUCUAGUGUUAUAACUUGGCAAAUUGGACAACUGAUAUCAAAAAUUGAUCCAAAAAAUCUUGAGAUUUUGGAUUCYUUAGUUCUACCUUUAUAUAAGUUAUCUAUGACUGAUGAUUAUACAACAGAAGAAUUACUCAAAACCUUAUGCAAAUAUAUUUAAAUAUUAUUUAGAGUAUUUUUAUCAUGAUUAUUUUGUUUAAUUUUUUUUUUUCAUGUCCAAAUAUAAUAUUUCAUCUGAUACAGUAUUUACUUGAUUAAUGUUACAAGAUUUUCCUUAUUAUUAUUUUGAAGGUAUAAAAAAAUACCACUUUUAUUUGUUAUUUUUUUAGCUUUAAUUUAAGUA